UAGAAUGGGAGAUAACCCUGUUGGAACGGGCCCAACUAGGCCCCACCGGGUCCUCAUCCCUUGGUGGAGAUAUAUCCACGUCUGAUGGAGUUACCACAACUACAAAUUCCAGGUCCUCAAACCUCUUAGAACUUCUUGAGACAGACGAAGAACAAGCUCGAGGAGACUACUUCCUUCACAAAGCUUUGACGAGACGCGAGCUUGUGGAAGCUUAUUCGCCAGAGACGAAGCGCUACACGAUCUAUGCCCCAAUCUUCUG